AUGGUUUCCCAAUCCCUCCCCAAAAUCAUCUUAGGAACUCACAUGAUCGGAGACGCAACCAAAGACCCAGGCACCGUCCGCUUCGACACCAAAUCAGAAGUCGAAGCCCUGCUAACCGCCUUCCACUCACGAGGCUACACACACCUCGACACAGCGCGCGACUACUCGCCCUCAGACCAAGGAGCCUCAGAAUGGCGUCUGGGCCGCUCCAUCGCCGGCACACGCUUCACACUGCACAGCAAAGUCCACAGCAGCACGGCCGGCGCGCACGCGGCCUCGGCGCUUCACGAGAGCAUCACGGCGUCGCUGCAAUCCCUCGGCGUUUCCACAGUAGAAACCAUGUUCCUGCACUUCCCGGACCGCACGACGCCGUUUGCGGACUCGGCGCGGGCCAUGGGCGAGGCGCUUGCGCAGGGAAAGAUGGACAAGUAUGGGUUGUCGAAUUAUUCGGCGGAGCAGGUGGAGCGGUUUUUGGGCGCGUGUGAGGAGGCGGGGUGCGAGAAGCCGGGGGUGUAUGAGGGACAUUAUAAUGCUGUUGCUAGGGGGUGUGAGAGAGAGCUUUUUCCGCUGUUGCGGAAAAAUGGUAUGGCGUUUUAUGCGUAUAGUCCUGCUGCUGGAGGAUUAUUCUCCGAGCAUGCUGAGACGUCGAGACGGUGGAAAGAUGAUAAUUUCAUUGGCAAGCCGUACAAUGUCAUGUACGGGAAGCCGCCAGUGCACGCAGCGGUAGCGACGAUUCUCGAGCUUGCAGAAGAACAUGGGAUAAAGGGGCAUGCGGCUGCGAUACGGUGGACAGCAUUUCAUAGCUUGCUGGAUGCAGAGUGUGGGGAUGGUCUCAUUUUCAGCGUUUCCAGUGUGGAGCAACUGCAUAAGACGCUGGAUGCCCUGGAGGCUGGACCGCUUCCUGUGGAGCUUGCAGAGGCGAUUGCUGAAGUGUACAGUAUGGUUGAUGGGGCUGAACCGCCGUAUCAUGUGUAG